AUGGAAGAACUAAAUAAACUUAACAGUGAAGCAUAUGACUGGCUUAAUUCUAUUCCACCUAAGCACUGGUCCAGAUUCCACUUCUCAGGGAGGGCACAUUGUGAUGCUUUGUUGAAUAAUAUGUGUGAGAGUUUGAAUAGCAAGAUAGUGAAGGGUCGUGAUAAGCCAAUUAUCAGUUGCUUGGAGUUUAUUAGGGAGUAUAUCAUGAGGAAAAUUGUCAUGGUUCAAAAAGAAAUUGACAAAGAUAAUGGCCCAUUAACUCCUACAGCCACUAAGACUCUUGAAAAAAUUAAAGAAAGGGAAGUACAGUGUAGGGUAGUGUUUUGUGGCAAUGGGAAGUACCAGGUUACAAGUGAAGGUACUAAUCAGUAUGUGGUUAAUAUGAACCAACAAAAUUGUUCAUGUAACAGGUGGGAACCGACUGGCAUACCCUGCAAACAUAGUAUAGCAGCUAUAUGGGAUAUGAGGCUCAACAAUGAAAAUGUUGGAAUACCUGAGACAUGGGUACACCCGACUUAUUGGCUCAAGACAUGGAAAUAAAUGUAUGUCUUCAAAGUUGAACCUAUUAAUGGGAGGUUUUUGUGGGAAAAAAGCACAUGUCCUACCAAGUUGAUACCACCAAAGUAUCGUGUCCCUAUUGGCAGAACAAAAAAAAGAGAAGAAGAUUUGCAACAGAAGAUGAUGGAGUGUCCACAAAAUGGAAAUCUGUAACAUGCACAAAAUGUGGAAAUGUAGGCCAUAAUGGAAGGACCUGCAAGGGACAAUCAUAGACUGGGAAUGGAACAGGAGAAGGUGCAGUAGGGAAUACAACAGAAGAAGGUGCAACAGGUAGCAGUGGUGGUGUACAAAAUGGAGUUGGGAACAAAGGAAAAAGCCCCAUGCUUUGAGAAUUUGUAGUUUGGUAUCAUGAUUACUUUGUUGUUAUGUUUUGUAUUUUGAUACUUUGUUGCUGUCUAGGAUAACUAUUUGUAUGCCA